AAUAGCUCUUCUUCUUGGUUCCCAGGCAAAAUUUUUAUACCUCUGUUGGAUUUUUUUAAGUAUUUGUCUUUGAGACAAUCCGAGCAAAACUUGAGGAAAUGUUUUGGUAAGUGCAACAGGAUUGAGCAACGUUAAAGAGGAACAUAAACACUUGUCUUGUCCCAGCACAGGGGAUGGGACUGCGAAUGAACAGAUCCAACAAGCUUUGGCCGAAAUCCGCAUCUUAAAUCAAAACCUGUCAGCAGAAACAAUGAGACGUGAGCGAGCUGAAUGGAAGGCGCUUGAAGAAAGCUGUGUGGCCGAGGAUAACAAACAUGCGUAUUUAGAGGAGUUGGAUCGAAGGAUAAAAGCCGAGGUAGCUUUGGCGAAAGAGAAAGAGAAAAAUACGAAGAUAACGUCGAUGCUAAUCGACCAUAUAGCGGAAUACGAGAGAAAGCUGGAAGCGAUGAAAGAGAAGAGGAACUCGGCUUUAGAGUUGUUGCAGAGAGUGAUGAGGGAACGUGACAUGGCGCUCGACGAAGCUAAGGAACUGUGGAGAAAUCUUGCAAACGAAUCAUCACUUGCAAAUGCAUCAUCCAUAUCCACCCAACCCCCUGAUCAUUUCAACUGUCCCAUCUCCCAUGAGGUCAUGGAAGAUCCACACGUGGCACGCGAUGGGUUCACAUACGAGAAGGCAAAUAUUAUAAGAUGGCUUCGGACCGGACGAAGUACUUCUCCCAUGACGAAGGAGAAUCUCUCAGAGACCGACCUUGUCCCCAACCAUCCUCUUCGAUCCGCCAUUCUUGAAUGGCGUAGACACCAUAUAUUUGAUCUCCUCUAAGUUUUCAUUUUAAAAAAAAAUCUUAUUCUCUCCGAAUCCUGCAUAUAUGUAUAUAUAUAUAUAUAUAUAUAUUUGUAAAUUCUCUCUAAUUGUGUGAUCAUUUUGUUCAUAUAAUAUGAUAUUGUGUGAUAAAGUGUUUGCGAGAUGUGUAUUUGCGCUGUGCGCUGUAAAUUUGUGAUGAAGCCAGUAAGA